CAAGGCAAGUCAAUGACAAAAGUGCUCCUAGCGAUGCAGUAUGAACUGUGUCAACAAAAUAGAAACAAACGCUUAAACGGAAUCCACUGAACUUUCCGAACGUGUAUGACGGGGCGGCAUUAGGCCCUAGUCUUCGUCGAGUACCGAUAGCAAGUGGUUCGCGAGUGAAACGAUUCGUCGCAAUCAGCAUUCGAACGAAUUCGAAGCAAAUUUGUUGAGGAAAUAUUUGCGAUUCCCGGCCCAAAAGUCGGAUGGUUUAAAAAGUGAACCCGUCCGGGGCAGUGAAUUCCGGUUGGCUGCACAGUUAGCGAGAUUCGAAACAGAAAAGCAUUCGGCUUCGAUUGCCGCCUGACGGCAGACGCGAAGUGAGAUGAGCUGUAAUCCACGCGGAUGAAUUGAUCCGGAUUUGAAAGCUGCUGUAAAUUUUGUGAUUCCGGAAGAUAAAUUGUGAGAGUGAAAUCAGCAUGAAGAGCACGGGAAACAACAUGCACUUCUUUACGGAAUCCUCCGACGAUGACGACGAGGAAACGUUGAUGAUCAAAAAAGUCCAGCAGGAUAAUAAACUAUGGGACUCCUUCCAGGAUCCGCCGGUGCAGCAAAGUUCCGGUUCAACGGCCAACCAAGAGUAUCUGUCCAUGUUUAUCAAAUGCCUGAAGGUGUUCACCUAUGUUUUCGUGUUCUUGGUGACACUGACCGCGGCAUGCUUCUCCAAGAUGUCCUUCCUGCUGAUGACAUCCAAUAUCAAAGAGGGCACGAAAAAUCGCUACUGUGACGUACGGCAACCGGACAAACAGUUCGAGGCGUACAUUCCUACUGAACAGCGCAUAGCAUGGAUAUGGGCCAUUAUUUUCUCAUUCGUCGUUCCGGAACUGGGAACAUUAAUUCGAGCGGCCCGAAUAUGUUUCUUCAAAAACAUCGCCCGUCCAACCUGGGGUCAACUGUUGGCAGUAAGCGUGAUGGAAGCCUUUCACGUGAUUGGCCUGGCCAUGCUGGCUUUUCUCAUCUUUCCCAAUUUGGAUGCCAUCAAAGCGGUAAUGCUCACCAACUGUGUCUGUCUGGUUCCCGGUCUGCUCGGACUACUUUCGCGAUCCUCUUCGGAGGCGAAGCUGCCAUUCAAGUAUGCCAUCGAUGUGUUGGCCAUCAGCGCCCAAGUGACGGGAUUCGUGGUUUGGCCCAUGCUGAACAACACCGUCGAGCUGUGGUUCAUUCCGAUUGCGGUUUUCCUAGUGUCAUGCCACUGGUGGGAGAACUACCUCUCGCCGAAAAGUUUUUUCCGACCAUUUGCCACGCUGGCCACCGUUCGGGAGAAGCUAACCGAGUCCAGAUAUUGCAUGUAUAUGUACGUAUCACCCUUCAAAGUGGCGCUCUUCCUGGCCGCCGGAGUGUAUCUGUCCGGGCAGUCCGUUCACAACUUUUUUGGCAUGUUCGUCGAUGGGUGGGGCAAUCACACCAUUAUCGUUCGGGAGAUGGAAGCCAUUCUCAACGAAAAAUUUCCCGAUCUAAGCUCAAUCACGUCAGACUUGGAGGUACUGGAAAUUUUUCCCACGAAGAACGCCAUCCUUUGGGUCACCGUAAUCCACGUGCUUUGUUCCUACGUUUGCUACAUCUUCAGUAAAUUCUCGUGUAAAAUUCACAUCCAAAGCUUCUCGAUGGCCUUCCCCAUCAAUCUGACGGUUCCGGUUACGGUCACGCUCCUACUCGUAUUUUGCGGUCAGCGAGAAGCGGAUGUGUGUGCCUUCAACAAAGUGCUUCCCAGCUAUCUAUUCUUCCGGAUGCCCCCGAUCUACUACCUGUUCGAUUACGUGAUCAACGAAUUUUCCUGGUUGUGGCUGCUCUGGUUGUUGUCGCAAACGUGGAUCACCCGGCACCUGUGGAUGCCGAAGAGUGACCGGAAUGCUUCGACGGAGAAACUCUUCGUGACACCGAUGUACAACAGUCUACUGGUGGAUCAAAGUAUCGCCAUGAACCGUCGUCGUGAGGAUCAAGAUGAUUUCGUAAAGAAAAUUGACAUGGUUAAGGUGAAGGAUACCGAACGAGCGAAUGAAAUUGAUGCUAAGGCUAACGAUCGCCGAAAGGAUGAGAUCAAACCGUACGAUCGGAUCCCGCAGAUCUUCGUUUGUGCCACCAUGUGGCAUGAAACUAAGGAAGAGCUGAUGGAAUUCUUAAAGUCUAUCAUACGUUUGGACGAAGAUCAAUGCGCCCGAAGAAUGGCAAUGAAACACAUUCAGGCAUCGAAAGAUUUCAUUGAUCCGGACUAUUACGACUUAGAAACUCAUAUCUUCUUCGAUGAUGCCUUCGUGAAUGAUAAGUCCAAGUGCGAAAGUGCCAACGACUCUCCGCUGAACUCCUACGUUAAAAUGCUAAUCAACAACAUUGAAGAAGCGGCCCUGGAAGUAUACAAAACCAAAAUGCGCAUUUAUUCACCGACUAAAAUUGUCACCCCGUACGGCGGUCGGCUGAUCUGGACUCUUCCCGGUCGAACGAAGGUGAUCACGCACCUCAAGGACAAGAACAAAAUUCGACACAAAAAGCGUUGGUCUCAGGUCAUGUACAUGUACUACCUGCUGGGCUUCCGGAUAAUGCAGCUGAACACCUCACCGGAAAGGAAAAUGGUGAUCGCUCAGAAUACAUACCUGCUAGCUCUGGACGGUGACAUCGACUUCCAACCGAAGGCCGUCUCCUUGCUGGUCGAUCGAAUGAAGGUCGAUCCAGAUCUAGGAGCGGCCUGUGGUCGGAUUCAUCCCGUAGGAACUGGACCCAUGGUUUGGUAUCAGAUCUUCGAGUACGCCAUCGGCCAUUGGCUGCAGAAAGCUACCGAGCAUGUCAUUGGUUGUGUGCUGUGUUCUCCGGGUUGCUUUUCAUUAUUCCGAGGUCGUGCCCUGAUGGAGAAUUCCGUUAUGAAGAAAUACACCACCAAGUCGGAUCAAGCUCGGCACUAUGUUCAGUACGAUCAGGGCGAAGAUCGUUGGUUGUGCACUUUGUUGUUGAAGCAGAAAUUCCGUGUGGAAUAUUCGGCUGCAUCCGACGCCUACACUCAUGCCCCGGAAGGUUUCAACGAGUUCUACAAUCAGCGACGACGGUGGGUACCCUCGACCAUAGCCAAUAUCUUUGAUCUUCUAGGAGACUCCAAACGCGUUGUGAAAACGAACAACAGUAUCUCUACGCCGUACAUCAUCUACCAGUGCAUGUUGAUGUGCGGAACAAUUCUUGGUCCAGGCACAAUUUUCCUCAUGAUGGUUGGAGCGUUGGUGGCCGUCUUUCGAAUCGAUAUCUGGACUGCAUUUCUGUGGAACGGAGUUCCUCUGGCAGGUUUCAUGGCAAUCUGCUAUUGGAUGAAGCAGAAAUAUCAGCUAAUCGCGGCAUUCUUCAUCUCUGCCAUAUAUUCGCUAGUCAUGAUGGCUGUCUUGGUCGGUAUCGUUAUCCAGGUCAUGGAGGACGGAAUUCUUGCGCCCUCGUCGGUAUUCUUCCUAUCAGUUGCACUGCAGAUUGUUGUCACCGGACUGCUACAUCCCCAGGAGCUGGAAGCUCUUCCGGCUGGACUUGUCUACUACAUCACAAUUCCAUCGAUGUAUAUGCUUCUGGUGAUCUACUCCGUGUUCAACAUGAACGACGUUUCCUGGGGAACUCGAGAGAAUCCUGUGGAUGCAGCAAAAUCCGCUCCGGCUCCACCAACUGCACCGCGAGGAAAAAUGAACAAACUUUUUGGCUACCUGCGUUCUGGGGAUCAGGACGAAGAGGAAGGAUCGAUAAAUCUUUCCAUUAGUGGUUUGUUCAGCUGCCUAUUUUGUACCCACCCGAAGUCAAGUGCUGAAAAAGAAAAACUACUGCAAGUGGCUUCGUCUUUGACCGAAAUCAACACUAAGCUGAAGGACCUUGAGAUGAAAUUAACUGGCUCCGUCACCGUAAUGAGAUCCGACGAUGAAGAUGACGAAAUAGGCUGCCUCGAUAUACGACAGGAGGGAUGCUCACCGACUGGAGCUUCCUCACCGCUACAAACAGUGAAAAAUUCCGAACUGGAAGAGCCAGAAAAGCAAAUCAACUACCUACCGGAUUGGCUGUACGACGUAGAUCUACGGAACGGAGAUACGGAAACCAUCUCCGCAUCCGAGGAGCAGUUUUGGAUUGAACUGAUCGAAAAAUAUUUGAAACCUCUGGAUCUGACGGAGCGGCAAAAAGCUGAAAUGGGCUCUCAGCUGAAGAAUCUUCGCGAUUUGGCCGUGUUUGCUUUCGUGAUGGCCAACGCCCUGUUUGUGCUGGUCGUGUUCCUUCUGCAGCUGAACAAGAAGGAUCUGCACAUCCAGUGGUGGUUCAAUGCGAAGAAUAUGAUCAGUUUCGAUGAAAGUACGGUGGAAAUUAUUGUCCGACGAGAGUACCUGGAGCUGGAACCGAUCGGAUUGGUGUUCGUGUUCUUUUUCGGCAUGAUUUUGAUUAUACAGUUCAUAGCGAUGCUCAUCCAUCGGUUCGGAACGAUUUCCCAGAUCCUAGCUUCAACGCAGUUAAACUGGUACUGCUCGAAAAAGGCGAAAGAUAUGUCAUUAGAUGCCGAGUUACGUGAAAAUGCGGUAGAAAUUGCUCGGCGCUUACAGCGGCCGAAACCUCAGUGGGACGAGGAAGAUUUGGAAGAUGAUCAGAAGGCUAUCGGCAGAAGAGACACGAUUCAUAGAAUUUUGUAUCAACACAAAAACAAACAGGACUGGAGUAAUCUGGAAGCGAACUUCAAGCGCAACUACUACAAGGAUGGGGACCUUAAUCUUGGCGGUAGAUUGACGCUUAGUCGAAAGACACUGAAUGUAUUGGACACUAGACGAAAGUCUAUGGCAGAGCAGAGGAAAAUCCGAAAAUCUAUUUUGCGAGAUCAAAAUCCUUACGAUACUGCAGGUGACCUGUGGUACCAAAGUCCUGGUCCGGAAAGCGAAGCCAACCCGAGGAAAAUCUCAUCACCUCCCCGAUACAGUGGUGCGCACCGGAAGCACUCCAGUGCCAACCGGUACAACCGAUCACCGAAUCAAAAUCAAAACGACCGAGGACGAAUGAACUUUGCUUAUCAAAUUGACGAGGAACUGGAAGACUUUUCCGAAGAGGAAGAAGAAGACGGUGUGGAGUUCGAACGCCCUACGCUGCAAAUGGAAAUGGCGGAAACACCGAACGGGAAUGAAAAACGUAGAAGUCGAGUGGCGUUUGCUUGAGUUACUAUUGAUGAAAUAAUAAAUAUAUGUACCGAAAUGCAAUAUUUACCAACUGAUCCGUUUUAUU